GGAUUCAUAGGAGCCUGGCUUCUGGUCAAUUUGGAAGGAUUAUUGAAUUUCAUUUCAGGAACAGUUUUCAAAACCAGAAGAGUUAAUUCCAAGCCUCUUGGUGGUGUGAAGGUGGCCCUUACUUCUGCAGGUGGUGGUUGAAGCUUUGCAGCCCUUCCCAGCCUUUGGAAACCACUGUGGGAAGUCACGGGUUGCCCAGGCUGUUGGCUCUCCGUGCAGUGCUGUUGGCAGAUGUCUUCCCAUGCAGUGUGCCAGUUUCAGUCCAGCAAGGGUUAAAUUACUUCAUGUCUGGACAGACUCUCUACUCUCCUGGCUUUAAAGCCUAAGUGGGCAACCUGCAUCACAUACACUGCAGAGGUAACUGACAGCAGCUUAUUAAUCAUAUUCCCUGCGUAGUCCCAGUCUGUUCAGGAGUGAUUGACCUUUCCUAUUGCUCUGGACGACUUUAAAUAUUAAAGGAACAGGAAGAAGUACCAGAUAAGAUAAGCACAUAAAGGCUGGCUGCGCUGUCUCCUGGAACACAUGCUCCUCAGUAUGAACACUGCAAAGUUGUGGUGAAAACAUAGCUGUUCAUAUGCAAAUGACCAGAAAAAAACCUUUCCCACGCUACUGCUGUCAGUAUAAUGAACAAACUGCUGAAAACUUAACCUGCCUGCCCUAAUUCUUUGCCCCAUAAUGAGCAGGGCUUCUCUGGAGUUGGGGGUUGGACCAGACAGCCUCUAGAGGUGCCUUGCAACCUAAUUCAUUCUUUGAUUAUUCUGUGAAGUGUCCCUGUAUGAUAAUACAGAAAGUAUCGUGUUCUAUGUAGUAUUUAAAGUAAUGAAGCUCUCUGCGGGACAGCGAGUGCUGUGUAGCUGUCUGGUAGCUGCUGCUGUGCUGGUCAAUUAACAAGGAGUGCAAAGUCUUACACAACUUAGAGAAAAUGUUCUGUGGUUUCAGACUCCAAACGGUAGGUAGAGUGAAGGCAGCGAGCAGUGAGGCUGAAGAGGAGCUCUGAGCUGGAAGCUGUCUGUCAGACCUAUGCUAACCUCUCGUGGUCUCUUCUCCUUUUUCGUAGGCAACAUCUUUGUCGUCAGCUUGUCUGUCGCAGACUUGGUAGUCGCAGUGUAUCCGUAUCCUCUGAUCUUGAGUGCCAUUUUCCAUAACGGAUGGACCAUGGGAAACGUUCACUGCCAGAUAAGUGGAUUCCUGAUGGGCUUAAGCGUCAUUGGGUCCAUUUUCAACAUCACUGCGAUUGCAAUCAACCGCUACUGCUACAUCUGCCACAGCCUUCGGUAUGAUAAGCUCUUCAACCUGAAGAACACCUGCUGCUAUAUCUGUCUGACCUGGACGCUCACAGUGGUGGCCAUUGUGCCGAACUUCUUUGUUGGCUCCUUGCAGUAUGACCCCCGGAUUUACUCUUGCACCUUUGCCCAGACGGUGAGCACGUCGUACACCAUCACAGUGGUGGUGGUCCACUUCAUUGUCCCGCUGUCCAUCGUGACCUUUUGCUACCUUCGGAUCUGGAUUUUGGUGAUUCAAGUCAAACACCGGGUGAGACAGGACUGCAAGCAGAAGCUCAGAGCUGCUGACAUCCGGAAUUUCUUGACUAUGUUUGUGGUUUUUGUCCUUUUUGCUGUGUGCUGGGGACCAUUAAACUUUAUCGGCCUUGCUGUUUCAAUUAAUCCUUCCAAAGUGCAGCCACACAUUCCUGAGUGGCUUUUUGUCCUGAGCUAUUUUAUGGCCUAUUUUAACAGCUGCCUCAACGCUGUGAUCUAUGGGCUGCUUAACCAGAAUUUCCGAAAGGAGUACAAAAGGAUACUGCUGAUGCUCCGGACUCCCAGGCUGCUCUUCAUCGACGUGUCCAAGGGUGGGACGGAAGGGCUGAAAAGCAAGCCAUCCCCAGCCGUAACAAACAACAACCAAGCUGAAAUACACUUAUGAGUCAGAACAGCACUAUUUAUUCUGGGUUACACUUGUAUAUAUAAUAUAGAAGAGCCUUUCUACCUGUGUAUUUCACAGCUGAUGUUGCUGGAUCCCAGACAGCCACCCCUUCUCAUGCAAGGAAGGAGCCUGCAACCUUUCAUGCCCAGCGUAUCACCGUGACAGCACAGCUUUGAGUAAGAGUUUCCAGAAGAGAAACGACUGACCUUUACCUUUUAUUUUCCUAUGCCAUCUUUCACUAUGUGCCUAAUUAAUUGCUUUGGUUGCUUUUGCCACAAGCAUACCAAUACCCUUGAAAAAGGAAGCACUCAGAGUGCAUGGAAAAAUGCAUUUAUAUUUGAAAUGCAACUUGCAAAAUUGCCAUACAUUACAAAGUAGCCUUUCCUUCCUCCCUCUGAAUUCUGUUCUUUAGCAUUAACAUAACCAAACUAUAGCAAUCAAAGUGUAAACUGCAUGACCUUCUCAUUUAGGUUAGUAACAGUAUUAGCCAGCCAGCAGAUGUCUGAGCACAUUGACUUCCACCUCAUGUGCUCAUUUUCCUUUUUCUUUUGUAUUACAACUUUUUAGCUAGGCUGGGCUAGAUAUGAGGCAAGCAGAAGCCAGACCUCCUGAGUGUCAGAUGUGCUCAAUUUAAUUGAAUCUCUACAGAUAUUAAGUACCCUUGCACUCUCCUUCCAGGCCAUGAAUAAGAGUAUAGCUCAUGACAUAAUCUAAUUGCAGGAAGAUAGUUGGAGCUUGCUUCUAAUUUAGGCAAUAUCCUGUCAUGGCCAGCAUUCAUUCCAAAUAUCUCUCAGAAGUCCCUUCUGCAUGAACAUCAUACAAAAGAUUAACAUAGUGGAGUCCUAUCCAUUCAGUGCAUGUGCAGGCUUUUAAUAAAAGAAGAAAACUAGGUUCCAGUAAUAUUUACGCUUACAGAUGAAAGCAAAAGGGUAAGAAACUGUUGGUUUCAAACAUCUCUCCUUUUGCCCACCAUAUGGCAUGAAUGUGAUGGGGAAAAAAAGGGAGGAAUUUUCUUCCAUUUUAUUCGUGUACAAAGUAGUGAUUAAUUCACAGGAGCUCAGAGGGGAAGACUUGUUAAGCAUGUUCAUGCAUCUGUUUUCGGUUAAAGCCUGAACUUUGUUGCCUUUGUUGCUGUAACAAUGUUCUAAGAGCUAAGGCCAGUAUCACAUUAGCAACAAGCACAGGGGCAGAGAUAAGGCUGUUUCUUUAAUGGAGUGUGUGCAGGGAGGCUGGUUGCUGUCUGUAAAUAUGACUUGGUUUUUCCUUAGCUUCACUGCAUAUUCAUCUCCCUAUGGUUUUAAAUGAGUGAAUCCUGCUUCGAGACAAUCCCAUUAAAUCAGUAUAGAACUGCCCUGCUGCAACUCUGUCCGCAGGCUGGCAGACCUGUCCUGGUGCUGGCGUACCGGGGCAUGGCAGGAGCUGUGAGGUGGGUGGGAGCAGGUCUGAGCCCCGUGGGUGCAGCAAGGAGAGGGAGCAGCCCUGAUCCUGGCCAAGGAGAGCCUUCUUAAGGCACUGACCAUAGACCAAAGCAGGACUGGUUCCCAGGGCUGAGCCAUGAAACACUGAGAGCCAGACUUUAAAACAGCAGGCAGGUGCCUGGAGAUGGAGGUAGGUAGGAUUUACAAAAGGCCCUGAGCAAACCAAGUGCCUAAUCCUUAGCAAAGUUAAGCUGUUUGUGCAUCACUUGCUGAAAGCGUCUUGUUGCUGAACAUCCCUCCUGCUGAAAUCUUUGAGGGAAGAGGAGCUUAAGGAAAUGAAACCCCUUUGUAGAUCAGACCAAGAAACACUGCAGAGUGCAUUGCUUCAGUGAGGUCUGCUGCAGUGUGAGUGGGUGUCUGCGUUUGCAGGGUGCCCUGGCACUUUGUGAUAUUUUCAGACUCGAACAUCUUCACAGCUUCGGAUAAUUAUUGUUUUAAAGUGCACUGCAGCCAGCAUCCCAUAAUAGGAAUCAAGCUGAGUUCUGUUUUGGCCUCUUAAUCUGCCUGUGCAUGGCCAAAUAAAGGUAUAUUGACCCUCAGAAAUAAUGCAGUCGGAUUGCUUUGCAGCAAAGCCCGUCUGGAUGAAUUCACGCCAUUCUGUGCAAACAAAGUUGUUUUGAGUCAAACUUGGAUAGGAAAAGCACCGAGGCACCCGGAGCUGCGGGGAGCUUCUCCUGGUGCCCAGAGAAAUGUCCGUGCGCCGUGUCCAGCCCUCAGCCCAGCAUGCAGUUGGCCAGCAGCGUUAGUCAGAAUCCCGUCAGCAAAUGGUUUUAACUGCUCAGUACCGACCCAAGCCUAAGGCACUCCUUUAAGACAGUCAUGAAGGAUACUUUACAGGUUUGCCAAGCGUCUCAUAAUCCCCCACAACUGGGGCUUCAUCCCGUGGUUCGUUGUCUUUGUAGCUGAAUGUUCAAUGCCGGCCACGUGAUGUUUUUUCUUUCUUUAAGCUUGGAUUUGCACUUUUUCUUAUUCAGGCUCCAAGAUAACAGCCAGCGAGCAUUGAACCAAACCGAGUAAGCCAAAGAGCUCCCAACAGGCAGGCGGUGGAGCCUCUGCUGGCGCCUGGUAGGACGAGGAGCAAGAGGAGCACCACGGGCAUCUCCUGGGGGCUCACAGGGUCACUGCUGAAGCGAACUAUGCAAAGUGAUGGGGCCUCUGCUUCUCUCCUGCCAUAGGUCUGAGCCCAGAUCCCCACUGGCCUUGCAGGGACAGGCUGGGUGAGGUGGGUCCCUGCUGCCUCCCUCAGCAUGGGGAUGGGCUCUGUGAUGGGCUCCAGCCCUCGGAUGGCACCAGGAGCUCACCCUGGCACAACCCGGUCAGGGCACCGAGGCGUCCCAGCGGGAGGGUUCCACCGCCACGGGUGGGUUCCUGAGCAAAGUCCUGCUGGGGCGGGGGUCCGCAGUGCCCAGCGGUCAAAGCAGGGAGUACGGCUUCAAACAGAAAACACUGUGCCAUUUGCUAGCACUUUGAUACAGAGACAGUACUUAGGAUAGGAUAGAAUAGAUUUUUAUACUGAGUUAUUUUAAGACUGCCCAAGCAGCUCCUUAUUUUUAUGUUAAAAAAUGGUUAACAGGGUACAGAGAGUUUAUUUUGUUAACAUUUGUUUACAGAAAAAAAUGGAAGUGUUUCUUAUACUGGGAAUCCUGUGCAGAGUCUGUUUCCCUGUGAGAAUCUAGCUUUAAUCAAAUUUGAGCUUUCAAGGAGCUCCCACAGCUUAACCUGUGCUCUGCCAGUUCCACCUGUCACGUACCCGGCCUUGAGUGUCAGAAAUAGGGCUGACCUCUCCUAGGAACGGGAUUUACAUCACUGGCUCUGGAUUUGGCGUGGUGGCAUUGGAUAGAGCCUGGCCCCAGGUCCUGAAGUUGUCACAGAAGUCAUGAACUCCUGGAGAGACAGUAUUGCCAUGAAGAAAGACGAAUCUCCUGCCACGAAGAAAUACUUUGGGAUGCUGGCAUUCUCCGUUCUCCUGGCGCUGGCGCAGCGCUGUGCAGAGGCUGCCAGGCUCUCCAAGGUCAGUCUCAAACCCUAGAGAUGAGGUUACACUGCUUGGAAAUGGUGGGAUUAAGUGAACGUAAAGCCAGCUGCUGUCCUGGCUCGCCAUGAAGGAAAAGCAGUGUUUCAUUGCUGUAGAAGGCUAAAUACAUGAGAACCACUCCGCAAAAAGCAAGGAUUGCCUCUGUCUCAUUGGCACAUGAUAUAGCAAUAAAUCCCAGAAGAGAGAGCAAAAUGGAAGAAAUUCAGAGGAAAAAAAAAAGACAUUCACAGUGUUGAAUCAAUCAGUGUCAUCAACUACAAGGAAAGGUUUACUCUGAUGGCGAGAACUGCUCCACAACUUGGAUAGAAGAAAGACUGAGGACUUGUUUUUUUCUAAGGGGAUUGCCAAGCAGAAUGUGCUGUACCCGAGCAUCUAUUCUCUGCCUCUCCUUGCUAACAGCAAUAGGUUGCUUUGUCUGUCACUGCCUGGUCACUUAGUUAUUGCCUCUCACAGUGUGUAUUCACGAUCAUGCUAGCUGUCUUUUUUUCUGGAUGCCGAGCAUCUAUCUGCCUGUUUUCUGCCAGUGCCCACACCGUGUGCUAGGGGUGGUGGGGUCUUCGGGCAGAGCUCUGAUGCAGUCUGGUAUUUAUCUGUUAUCUGCACUGCGCUUGCCAGAGGAUCUGGGGUCAAGCUCAGGCUGUGAUGAUUCCUUGUGAUGUGCUGCAUCUCAAUGGGCUUGAAAGACGCUUGCAGUAUCCUUGGAUUUUUGUAGCUGUAUGCCAAGGAGGAACUCCAGGGCUUUUUAUCUAAGGGCUCCCACAGAGCUGUUUAAGCAUUCGGCUGGUAGGAGCUGGGGAGUUCAGAUCCCAGGCUGUGGGAAGGAGGGCCCACACAGAGUCUGUCUCCCCUGGAGCUUCAGCCCACCACAUGCUGAGCCAUGGAGACGUUGUUUCAGAAACUCAUGCCUAAUUGCAAGUAUGGAAGUUCUUUGUGACUUUAAAUGGUAUCUUUGGGACUGGGAGCUUAGUCUAGUGUAAAUGCGUCUGGCUUUCUGCACUCUAACCUAACUCAGUAGAGCUAUCUUAACAAAAGUGUCUGUCUUCAUUAUGGCCCGGAGUGCCCUAACGCUGCACAUCUGGUGGGAUUGCCAGAGAACUUAAAGGUGCCAUCAGUUCACAAGCAAUGUUUGGCACGUGUAAGCGUGCUGCUGCACUGCAGGGCAGGAGGCUCUCAGGGGAGCCUGGGUGGGAUCCGGGGAGCUGGAUUAGGCCUGGUGCAAAGCCUGGCUCACACACUGGCUGCGUUGUGCUCUCUAACUACUACGUGGCUCCUGUCUCUUCUGUUUGCUGGAGACAUUACUCUAAAUUCGGUGGAGGCAUUAUUCAGUAACAGAUAUAAUUUUAUUGUUUUUUUGGGGGGGAGGGGGAGGAUGGGCUGUGAAACCUUUUUAUUGUGUGGAUUUGAAUCCUGAAGAUGAAUGUGGCUGCAGAUGCUCUGGUGUCUAACAGGAUUUAUGUAGUGUACGGAUUACAAACAGGCUGAACUGUACAGUUCAGAAGAUGACAUUUAUUUUAAGUUCACUUUUUGUGUCUUUGCUUUCCAGCAGAUUAAUGUUUUUGUUUUGAACAAUAGCAAGUCGGGGCUGUGCCAGAAAUAUCUUCAGUGAGGAAUGGCCGGAGGGCAUUAGAGCAUUAGGGUGAGCUGUAUCUCUGAUAAGAUCAGUGAAAUGCUCCUUUAGGUUUCGUGGAGUUACAGUGAAGGGCAGGAAUGAAGCAGGGGAUAUCAGCCAAGUCUAUGUAAUAGUUUUUGCUGUGACUUGGACUGGCCUGCUAAACUCUGGAGCUAUCUGGUAGAUCUCUUAGAUCUCUGUCCUGUGCCAGGUAGCUGGUGUCUGAGUGUUCCUGAGAAGCCUGGGGCCAAGGCACGGACAGCCUGGCACCUAGAGAAUCUUCCUGACUCCCUUACGUUUCCAUUUUGCACGGAGCUUGACCUGUCAGUCCUAGCUUGCAAUUAGCCCUGAGGCACCCAGAUACCCAGUAAUUACUGAGCAGAGGCAGCAUCUUGCUUGUAUGAGGGGGGUACAGAUCUGUAUUGGUGUAGCACCCAGGACUUGUGCUGUAACAGGGACAGUGUAGGCAGCAACCAAACCUGACAUCUCAGAACGUGGCUGGCACACCUCGGAGUUAGCAAAACAGCCCCGCUGUGUAUGUGAGCCAGCUGGUAAUGCCACCUCCAGAAAGUGUUCCUGCAAACGCCGAGCAGGGCUCUGUGAAACCACGUGCAGAGCAGAUCCAUUUAUGCUUCCUAGAGCUGGAGGCAUUUGUCGUGAACAAUGCUGUAGUUAUGACCUGUUUUGUGGGUGAUGUAAAAAGUAGGAAAUAAUGACUUACUCAACUAAUUUCCCAGUUUUCAGUAUUUCUGUGUACUGAGGUUUCUGUGGUCUUUCUCAGUGACAUUCAGACUUCUAUCUGUCUCUAACUUAAUGCAAAGGUUUGUUUGUUGAUUUUCCCUGAAAUUAUGAAGGAUUUUUAUGAGGGACUUUUGGAACCACCAAGGAAACUUUCCCUCAUUAGUUACUGACAGGCUAUCACUUACCUUAUUUGUUUCUAUGACUUCUACAUCCAUUUAGGCAAAAGAAAAACAAAUACAACUGCUCUUCUGACUUUGUGAACCAGGACUGAGCUUUGGAACUGCAAAAACUAUGUGGCCUCUGGGAAAGCACAGAAUGUGUAAAAAUAACAACCACUUAAGUUCAGCCAAAAAAAAGUAAUUACUAAUUUGAUACUGUUUGUUGGUAGAGGACUUGUGCCUCCUUCUUUUUCACACUUAAGUAAACUGGCAAAGGCCAGGGAAUUUGGAGUCAAGAAAGACAAACUCUAAGGUGGGGGAUCAGGCAGGCCUGUGUGGAACUAGGCCAGUAUAAGCUACUUUUUAAGGCAUGUGUUUUCUUGCAUCCUCCUGAUCAGGAAUUAUUUUUUAUCCCAACGCAUAAGGCUGGGAUUUUGAUGAAGGGAAACAAGUGGGAUGUACAGACUCUUGUCAUUUCUGGCGUUUCGACUCUAUGGGUCCACCUCAUGGAGCAAUGAAGAACUCCAGGGACGAAGUCCAUCAUCAGUUGAGAGUGUGGUUGGGAGGGGAAAUGAAGAGUUUGUUUUAAGCCACCAUUGUUCCUGCCCUGAGGUAGAUGAAAAUGUGGUAAAGAGGCACAGUAAGUCCUGGGCCAGAUGACCCUGGGCUGGAACUGCACUACAGGUAUGCAAUCCUGCUUGCAUCUCUUCUCUCUUGUGGGGACCAAGUCAUAAUUUGGGGUAGAAAUGUAUAGGGUUGUGCUGGAUAAGAAAUUGCCUGUGGGACUGGAAAGACAGGCAGGUGGGUCAACUUGCUCUUUGGACAGUGGUGAUACACUGACAUGGGCAAAUUCCCUCCAUUAUUGGUAGACUCUCACCAUCCAGAGGCCAUAGGUGAGUGCUCAAGGAAUGGAUGGUUUGUACAGCUCUUUAUUUGUCCAAGACUGGUUUACCAAAGAGACUACCUUUCUUUGCUAGGCUGUUCUCAGUUCCUCCUUCAAGCACUUGUCAGUGUCCAGGUGUCCCCAUCUUUCUUGGCACUAGCUCUUACCUAUUAUUUACUUCAACGCAAGGAGCAAGGGGAUCCCUCACCAGUUAAUGCAGUACCUGCUUAGAUCUCACUUUUGGCAAUCCAAAGCUUCUCCCAGGUGUUUGUAUGUGCAAUGUCUUGUGCAGCUUUGGGUAGGCAGCCUAUAGACAGGAUUACUUCCUUGAAUGAAAGUCAAAGAAACUACCAUAAAGCUGGAGUUUUACCCAGCUCGCUCCAUGUGAAGUGUCCUAACUGAAGCAGCUGAAGCCACGUGCAAGCUCUUUGGUGUUGCACAGGAAGCAAUGGGAUUCUGUAAUCACUGCUAAUGUUUGGUAGAGCAUAUUGCACCUCGAGCCCGCGGUGUUCUGUGUGUCAUUGUGGCCCUCUGUCCAUCAGCCAAGCAAUAUCAAUCAUCACAUCUUUACAACUGGAUUUGGCCACAUUAGUGCUUCUUUGCAGCAGUAGACAAAUUGAAUCCACUAUCAAACAAAUUGCAAAAGAAGAACCGUGUCCAGGCAGCCUACUUCCACCAAUUUUAGGUUCUUAAUGGCUUUUACAGCUUUGUGACAGUCACACCUUGUUUCUCUGCUGGAUGUAGGGGGCGUGAGGUCCUGAUGGGAUGGGAGUGCUGGAACUGCUCUGGGAGUGAAGCACCCAGCAUUGCCACAGUGCUUACUGCAAAGUAGGUGACAAGUAAAACCUACAGCCAACCUACAACCAGAGUUGAAUUAGCGGGGGCUGACUCGCCUGGCACGGCUAAGGGCAAAGCUGAGGUCGUGUUUGGAAAAUGAAAUGGUACAGCAAGUUUGGAGAAUGAAGGUGUGCAGCCUGCGCAGGGAGAUUCUCCUGGGCUUAAAGAUCAACUCGCACCAGGCUCAGCUGGGUAAAGUGUUCACUCAGAUCCAGUGAGAACAGGAAAAAAAACGGAAUUUAACAUGUCCUGUUUGAAGCUAUGGAAAUAAAUUUGGAUCCAAGUUAAUUUGGAAUUUCGAUUUUAAACAAUUAUCAAUAUUUGAUAUUCUUGCUCUUGUUUCUAAGUGAAAAAAAAAAUUCUCACAGGAUGGGAAAAUGCAUAACUUUUACUCUGCUUAGUCAUUUGAAAGUGAGAUGUCAGUGCUACCAUGGCUUUGUCUUCCAGUGGUGGGAACUAUUUGAGACUUGGAGUAGUCACUGCUGUAACUGUUACAUUUUUAGCAGAUAGCCCGAAAUUGGAAGCAGCUUAUGUUCAUUUCUUGCUUUGCAUUUUGAAAAUGUGAUGCAAGUGAGUUUGUGGGUAGAACAUGAAAGGAAAUCCCUUUUUAGCUAGCUCGUCACUCAUGCAGUAAUGGUGUAAGCAAAUGCACGUGGCUGCGUGCUGGAGCUGCUGGAAUUGCCUGCCAGCUGCCAGCACAUGACACAGAUCGAGCACAGCCACAAGAAACGUCAUCUCUGAGAGGAUUAAAGAGGCCUGUGGUGGCUUUGCUGUGCACUCUGAUUUCUCCAGCGUGUCAGGGCUGCACAUGCAACCUUUAGUCCAAUGCUAAUACAUUCGCUUGCUGCUCAGGAAACCUCCCAGAGCCCCACUUGCUCCUGACAAGCUAACAUCAGCUCGCGUGUGUAGGAGCAAGGGCUGACCUCUGCCCCGGGCUGCAGGGAGAGCCGCAGGGGCACUGCAGCACAAUCAGCACGAAACACUGAAUUUACAAAAAAAUGAAUAUCUCUGUCCUUUUGUCGAAAAAAAUGAGCACAGAUUUGAAUGAUACUCUUGCAUGUGGUUGUUUUUAUUUUAAGGAUGACUUAGAGAAGGACCAAAUUAAAUUCUCUGAAUUCAUGAAAGCUGCCAGGGAAUCUAGUUUUCUCUUUACACAUUCUGAUUUCUGCUUAGGUUUCCCAUGCGUCGUUUGAGCAGGACGAUUAAGAAACAAAUGAUGAAUGCACAGGUCGUGGGGUUAUCGUCCUUCCACAAGAGGACUCUUCACACCAGCACGCUUUGCUCUGUUGCAUGCAACCGUGUCAGGCACUGGUUUGCUCUUAGCACGCAAUAGUUGUACCUUCCAGGAAAUGAGUUUCUCUGCUGUCACAAAGCACGCGACCCAGCUCUGCUGGGCCAGGGGCUGUGCUCUGCUGCUCCCAGCACGGUGGGGCUGGGAUUGCUGCAGCAUCCAGCCCCUGGCACAGCUCUGCCAGGUGCCAACCCAUCCUCUAGGGGUAGCUGUGAAAGGAGAUGCUGCAGGAAAAUGAUUUCACGUGCUGUGAGUCGAUACCAAUUCUUGAUCUCAAAUUUUCCACUCUAAGUCUGGAGUGAAAUCCACUUUUCUGGGCUGUGUACAAAUACUGCUGUUAUGGUGAUACUACUUCUCUUUUUUAAAUUAAACUACUUCAAAAUGGUGACCUAUU